AUGGAUAUAAAACGCCAUGUCGACAAAGAAUUUUUAAAACGGAUCUUUUACCGCUUAGUCUAUGCGAUAAUGCGCCAUCUCAAUAUACCUCGAUUCUCCGGACAUAACAAGGUCCUACCGUCUCCCACAAGCACAACAUAUAGCAAUCGAAGUGCAUUGGAAAGUGAUGAAAGUGAUCUCGACAGCUCCUCGUCAAUGAUCAGCAUGUGCCAAUUGUCGUCUCCGUCCAACAUAACCCAACUUCGAUCUAUACCGGAUGCAUUGAUUGAAGCUACAUUACCCAGCUAUCAUUCUGGAUUUCAGUUUUCCUCCAAUAACGGAUAUGAUAGUUCUACAUACACACGAAGAGCAAGUGUAUUCCAUGAACGGUUUGAUCUCCUCGAAUUGUAUCCUAGAGACCCACUUCGCCGGACCAUCUACCAGCAUGAAUCACACUCGGAGCCCGCUAUGAGAUCAACUUAUGGAUAUGGACCUAGAAGAAUGAGCCGGGAAAAUUCUGUUCAAAGGAUAGCACAUAUGUUCAGAAAUAUGAUGGGUGUCAGCAGACACAGGAAGCUUUAGCGAAGUAUUUUGC